UCUAUGUGGCGGCUGGGGUGCAAGGCUAAAGACGACAUCCACAUCCUUCAGGGCCUGUCCUGAGGGAGCUGUAGAGCCAGAUCGCCGCCAUCAUCGGCAACGGCCCCGGCCGCCCAGCGCAUCCUCGCCGGCUACCGGCCCGAGAGCCUGGACCUGAGGGACGGCGACACCAAGCUGGCCGAGCAGCCACUGCAGUUGGGCGACAUGCUGAUCGUGGAAGAGGACCAAGCCAGGCCCAAGACGUCGCCCACCCUCCCCAGAGUCGAUGCACCCAGUCCCGCUGCCCUGGCGCCUGUGCUCAGCAGACCUCAGCAGGACUCCUGCCUCUUCACCAGCGUGUACUACGUGGGGGGUGGGGGGGGCGGUCCUCCACCCGCCUGCGCCCGGGAUGCCCCGGAUAUGAGACACCUUAUAGCGCAGAUUGUGGCGGGCGACCCCGAGUUCUACAGCGAGGCUGUCCUGGGCAAGACCAACCAAGAGUACUGCAACUGGAUCAGAAGGGACGACACGUGGGGAAGCGCCAUGGAAAUAUCCAUCCUGUCCAAAUUCUACCAGUGCGAGACCUGUGUGGUGGACACGCAGGUGGUGCGGAUCGACCGCUUUGGGGAGGACGCGGGCUACCGCAAGAGGGUCCUGCUCAUCUACAGCAUCCACUACCACCCCCUGCAGCGCGACAUCCCCGACCCCGACACGUCCCCGCUGACCAUCGUCUCCUCCAACGAUGACAUCUUCGACAUUGUUCUAGUGCAAGCGCUGGAGUUAGCCGAGGAGGCCAGGAGGAGGAGACAGUUUACUGACGUGAACCGCUUCACGCUGCGGUUCAUGGUGUGUCAGAAGGGGCUGACCAGACAGGCGGAAGCCAGGGACCAUGCCAAGGAGAUGGGCCACACCAACUUCGGAGAAGUAUGA